AUGUUUCGGCAACCAGAUGGAUCCACAACAAUCCGACUUUUUCGAACCAAACCUGUUGAACUGCAGGAGCAUCUCCCUGGCGCCAACCAACUCGCCUCUCGCAGAUCAUUCCUCAACAAUGCUUUUUUCCCAAGCUUCGGGUCCCAAGCACACGACGCUCCAAGUGUGAACGGCUUCAAUUCUGAGAGUCCUCCCGGCAACUUCAAUUUCCCACCCACCUCUUCUCUCCAAUUCGAGCACUCAGAGAGCGGUAGUAGCAGUGUUGGUAACACAGAAACGUGUUUCUGUAUCGAGAGCCAAACUACCUAUCUUCAUCGCAUGUACGAGUUGAAUGUACAGCAGGCAGACGUCCCACUAGACCAAGUACUAAACCUUACUCGGCAAGCAAUAUCUCCCCCGACCCUCCCCGUCUACUUUGGCAGCUUCCAGGUCAACACCACGGGGAGAGAAGGCGAAAUUCUCGCAAUGGCCGUCGAAACUGAAGUCCAGCGAUGCAUUGAAUUAAUGGAGGUUUUGAAUGAGCAAUCGGCAAGGCCACAGCAAUCUCAACUAAGCCAACCCGAGAUACCCGAACCGGUCGCUCACCUUAGCAGCGACUUGAAAAAGUACUUUAUUCUACUCAAGGAUAGACUUGGAAGAGACGCAUCGUCUCCAUAG